AUGUCUCUACCUAGAACCUCUUCUUCCAAAAUAAAAUCCUUGAACACAACCUCACCGACAAACGAACAGUCGCAAGAAUAUAAAAGCUAUAGACCUCUUCCUUCAUCCUCCAUUCCGGUACCAAUUGCUUUCGAGGAACCACCCGAGUAUGUAAAACUAAUAAGCUCAGAUGGUUUCGAGUUUAUUAUUGCCCGGCAGGCAGCAUUGUGCAGUGGAACUAUAAAAAAUAUGUUAUCAAGUCCCGGCCAAUUUCAGGAAUCCGAAAAAAAUGAAAUUAAUUUUCGAGACAUAAAAGCCGUUAUACUAGAAAAAGUAUGUCAGUACUUGUACUACAAAGUAAAAUACACAGAUUCCACGAACGAUAUUCCAAAUUUUGAUAUUGACCCACAGAUGGGAUUGGAGUUGUUAAUGGCGGCAGACUUUCUGGAUUGUUAA